UGUCAAACAAACUAACUACUUAGCUAGUCACUAGAUUAAAAAGCUAGCGUUCAUGUAUGUCCGUGUAUCGAAUUUGUGAGAAUAAUGAAAAAAAUACAUUAGGAAUCCUAUAAAAUGAAAAAUCAUAAAAGAAAUAAUUUCACAUACAAAACAAAGUAAAUCACAAACUAGCGGUAUGGUUGCGGAGGGCAGGGUGAUGGGUCGUCGCUUUGUGCUAACCCUGGUGAUCGGGAUAUCCGCCGGUUUUAGUUUUGCGUACAUUCUGCUAACCUCGGCCGGAUUUACGCGGGAAGUAGCUUGGUCUACCUACAGGGAGUCAGCGCGUGACCUUGAAAAACAUCCAAUACCAAGCGUCCUAGAUCAUGGCAGCGAAGAACCAGCACACAGGGACGAGGAUAGGUCGGUGGCUGAUGAACUGGCUAAGCGUGUGAGAGUGCUUUGCUGGGUUAUGACGCAACCCAACAAUCACAGGAAGAAAGCCAUGCACGUGAAGGCGACUUGGGGAAAGAGAUGCAAUAAAUUGCUUUUUAUGAGCACUACUGAAGAUAGUUCGUUACCAGCUGUGAAACUACCUGUGUCAGAAGGCAGAGAUUAUCUUUGGGCCAAGACGAAAGCUGCCUUCAGAUAUGUCUACGAACAUCACAGAAGAGAUGCUGACUGGUUCUUAAAAGCUGAUGACGAUACUUAUGUGAUCGUGGAGAAUCUCAGAUACAUGCUUUCAGAACAUGACAGCAGGGAUCCGAUCUAUUUUGGAUGCCGUUUCAAACCAUUUACUGCGCAGGGUUAUAUGAGCGGCGGAGCUGGUUACGUGCUCAGUAGAGAAGCGCUAGACAGAUUCGUGAACAAGGGCUUACCUUCACCCCAUCUCUGCAAGGCAAGCGAUCAUGGGGCAGAAGACGCUGAAAUGGGUAUAUGCUUACAACAUAUCGGCGUGAAAGCAAUGGAUUCACGGGAUUCCUUACAGCGCGGACGAUUCUUCCCCUUCGUGCCCAAAGACCACUUGUUCCCCAACAAGGACAAAGGGUUUUGGUACUGGCAGUACAUUUACUACCCAACUGACGAGGGUCUGGAUUGCUGUUCCGACCACGCGGUAUCAUUCCACUACGUGGACCCGGAACAAAUGUACGUAUUGGACUACCUCAUUUACCACUUAAGGCCGUUUGGCAUCAGCUACGGAGGUGGUCACCUGCCCAAGAACGAUACCAGAGUCACUGAAGGACGGUAAGACAUUCCUAUGCUAGUCAACAUACCAGCAACAUAUUUUUAUAUAAAUGUGCCGUUAGUUUUGCAAAAUGCUCAAACAAAAUUCAACUUAUAUUGAUUAUGAUGUACAGUUCAGUCGUGAAACGAAUAUUAUAGAAAUGUACCUUUUACUAUCAAGCAUCAUCAACAUAUUAAAAAUUUUCUCUAAACUGUACCAAUGUCUAUGGGCGGUGUUGACCAUUUACCAUCAAUUGGGACAGUUGCACAUCUGCCUACCCAUUUUAUAUACAGAAAAUAUGAUAUAAUUACAAAGAAAAUUACAAUUUUUCCUUUUUUGUUCGACCAACGGAUACUUUAACGUUACGGUUUGAUUUGAUGAAAAUAUUUUGUAGUUCAGUACAAAUAUUCUUUUGCAAAGUUUGGCAUUUUGAAAAAUUAACGAUUAUGAUCACAGUUACCUUAAGCGGCAUUUAUGAGUGGUUAUGAGUAUACGAAUGUAAAAAUGUCUUUAAUAAUUGCAUUAAUAUACAUAUAAAGAUGUGUAAAUAACACGAAAUAGCUGAUUAUGUCGAUGUAAGAAAAAAACUAUUGAUCACUUCAUAUGUUCAAAAAUAUUUAAUUUUAAUUUGUAUUGUUAUUAAAAAUUACAUAAUGGUAAUAAUUAUAUUAGUUAUAUAUAUUAUAUAUAUAAUGCAUCCAUAUGAUAUGUAAUAUUAUAUAUAAGCAUUAGGUUGAAUCGAUGAUUCGAGAAAACAUAUGUUCAUAAAUCUCAUACCAAAAACUUAACCUGUAUAAUAUUCGACGUUAUGUUUAGAGGUUUGUAACCAGACUUGCCAUAAUACGACUUUAUUUAUAAAAAAAGAAUAAUAUAUUUAAAAAAAAAAACUAUUUAUAUAAUUGGAUUUUAAGUUAUGUUUAAUUUGAAAUUAUAAUUUAUUAUCUGUAAUCGAAUUACCGAUUAAAAAAAAAGACAAAUUAUUAUAUUAUUGAAAAGAGUUUUUGUCUAAAAGAAGAAAUUGGUAUUAAAUUUUUAUCGAAAGUCGAGACCUCCUUUUGAGAAACGAACACGUUGAAUUUGAAAAAAUUCAUGCAUUUAAUCAUCAUAUUAUAUAUAUUAGUAAAUACAUAAAUAUAAGCGUAGGUUUGUUCUUUCAAUAAAAUAUAUAAAAUGUAGGAUUUUUACAUAAUAACAUGGGUUUUUUUUUGUUAUCAGGGUUUAGUAUAGAAUUUGUGUAGUAGUUAUAAAACAUAUAACCUAAAGACAAAUACUCAAUUUCACUACGAGUGGAAGUAAUAUAAGGUUAAUGUAAUACAUACGAUAUUAAUAUGCUGCAGCUAAAUUCAAUAGCAUUUCUCAAAGUGCUUACGUCAUCAAUCUUUAAUGUUCCUAUCUUUUAUAUUAUAUUAAUGAAUUAGUUUAUACAUACGUUUACAGAAAACGCAAUGACGCACUUAUAAUUGUAAUCUGAGCAUUUGUUUCGAUGACGUCAAAAAGAAAAAUAAAGCUCAAUAUUAAAAUUGUUAUCGUAAUAUUAUAAAACGUUUUUGAACGACUACGAGUUAAAUAUUUUGCAUUAAACUUAUUAUAAAAGCAAAAUAAUUAAUCGUAAUAAUGUGUCAGAUGAAUUUAAGCCGUAUAUCGUGGCACGUGUGUUUAAUUUCGUGUGUAUUAUUUUAUAGUUAAGAAACUAGUCGUGUUUGUAAUAAUCACCAAAGAAUCCUAUUUGUGUUAGAUGAAAAUGUGAAGCAACUAUUUAGAAUAUUUUGUAUAUUGCUGUGAAAAUAUUUAUAUCGAUAUUAUUUGUAAGGAUACUGGCAAACAUAUUGAUAACGUUCUGAAAAUUAUUGGUUGAAAAAUAUUCGAUCGUUUUAACCAAUCGCUUGUUCGAAACAUUAAUACUUGAUUUGAAUCUACCAAUCGCGUGCGACCAGCGACCAAUAAAAACACUUCAAAGUGCGUAGAGGUCGGUUUUCAAUUGUCUAGAUGUCUGCCGGUUACUUUAUACUAUAUUUUGGUUUAUAGUCAUUUAAUUUAUAAGCUUUUUAACUCAAUUUUAACAGAAUUUGUACAAAUAAAAAUAUAAGACUUUAGAUUUGGGUAAUUCGUUUUCCUACUAAAGAUAUUAUACGUAUCAAUCGGUAUAUAGAUAUUUUUUAUCAACUUUGUUAUGUAAAACAGCUUUCUUUCAGGUAAUUUACUUUAUCAAUAGGUCUACCCAUAAGACAUGCACCUUUAGAUCCAUGUAGACGUUUAGAGAAACACUUUAUUUCUUAAUUAUUUGCAAAUAUUUUAAAAGUCGCCCACGAACUAUAAGUAAAAAAUGUAAAAAUGAGUUUCGAGUCCUCCAGUUCCUGCAGGUUUUCACAUUUCAACAUCUAUUUAUUUGUACAAAUUUUACUGAAAUAGAACAUACAUUUCUUAUAUAAUGAUAUUACUUGAUAAAUCUCAGAAAUACUUUUAUUACCAUUUGUUAGGAGGUAUUAUAUAUUUCUAUACAUUACAAAUGUACAAUAUUUUUAUUCUAAUUCAAACAUUUAUAUAACUAUAUUUGCAUAUGAACGAUACAAUUAAUUGAUAUGUUACCGAAUACUAAAUUGGAUUAUACCAAAAUGAAUUAAUACAAAGAAUAUAUUAAUUACGCCAUUUUUUUUAAUAAGAAAACAUGUAUAGUAUUAAAUGUGUAGCCAAAAUAACAGCGGACUUUCGAUAAACAACAUUUUUUUUCAUAAAAAAAAAUUUUUUUAUCCGACAUCAACAAACACAACGCGUGGUUACCCGCAACUGUAAUCAUUCUAUUAAUGUAAACCAAUCUCUUAAAAAUCAAUCUAUUAAACUAAGUAAGCUACUCCCUAAUGUUUGUGUAAGUAUCCAAACUGUGUGUAGUACAUUUUGAAAGUUUAGUUAAAACGUAUCAUUGUAUUGAUACCUAGUCACAACAUAUUUUUGAUAUUUAAGGUUAUUUGUGUUUAUAAUUCAUCACGUGCUUGACGGUGAAGGAAAGCAUCGUGAGGAAACCUGCAUGUGUCUAAUUUCACUGAAAUUCUUCCACGCGUGUAUUCCACCAACCCGCAACGCAACGCUCCAACGUUGUGGAAUAAGCUCCAAACCUUCUCCUCAAAAGGAGAGAAGGCCUUAGCCCAGCAGUGGGACAUUCACAGGCUGCUACAUUACAUUUACAUUAUCAUCAUCAUCAUCAUCAUCAUCAUAUCAGCCGAAAGACGUCCACUGCUGGCCAAUGGCCUCCCCCAAGGAUUUCCACGUUGGCCGAUCUUGCGCUGCCCGCAUCCAACGGCUUCCCGCGACUCGUUCUAAGUCAUCGGUCCACCUUGUAGGGGGCCUGCCCACGCUGCGUCUUCCGGUUCGUGGUCGCCACUCGAGAACCUAUCUGCCCCAGCGGCCGUCGGUUAUGCGAGCAAUGUGCCCCGCCCACUGCCACUUCAAUUUAGCAAUUCUUCGGGCUAUGUCGGUUACUUUGGUUCGCCUGCGGAUUUCAUCAUUUCUGAUUCGAUCUCGCAGAGAAACUCCGAGCAUAGCCCUCUCCAUUGCCCUUUGAGUGACCUUGAGCCUUCUUAUGAGGCCCAUUGUGAGCGACCACGUCUCUGAUCCAUAAGUCAUCACUGGCAACACACACUGGUCGAAGACUUUCGACUUGAGACACUGCGGUAUUUGGGAUGAGAAGAUACCGUGUAGCUUCCCGAACGCUGCCCAGCCGAGUUGAAUUCGACGAUUGACCUCUUUCUCGAAGUUGGACCUACCUAGUUGGAUGGUCUGACCUAGGUAGACAUAGUUGUCUACAACUUCGAGUGCAGAAUUUCCAACCUUGACUUGAGUGGGUGCAACAUGGAUGUUCGACAUGAUUUUCGUCUUGUCCAUGUUCAUUUUUAGACCCACUUGUUGGGAAACCCUCCUGAGGUCAUCGAGCAUAGUGCCGAGGUCUUCCAAGGUCUCAGCCAUAAUUACAAUGUCAUCGGCAAAUCGAAGAUGAGUGAUGUACUCGCCGUUGAUAUUGAUGCCAAGUCCGUUCCAGUCCAGAAGCUUGAAAACAUCUUCCAAUGCAGUGGUAAACGGUUUCGGAGAUAUCACGUCUCCCUGUCUUACACCUCUCUACAGUUGGAUAGGUUUUGAGUUCUGAUCCUGGAGUCGGAUCGACAUGGUGGCGUUCUCGUACAAGCACUUUAACACCCUCAUUUACAUUAUACAUCAUCUUUAUCCACUCCUAGACAUAGACCUCUCACUAGGUGUGCCUUAGUUCCCUUCUAUGCUUAGUAUAUAUGUAGCUCCUGAUUCUAGUUAAUAGUUUUUUUGGCUGCACAUUUCGCGAAGCCGGACGAAAUCUUCAGUUUUAUUUAUAAUACCCCCAUAUAAGGCUUAUAAAGUAUAUUUCAUAACUAGGCAGUUUUAUCGUUUAUAGAAAGUUAAUGGCAAUAUUAUGUAUAAGCUUAUUUUUCUGUGUAAUUAUAUUCACUAAUUGUAUAAUGGUUUAAAACAUUGACAUUUUAAUUUGCUCAACAUUUGAUUAUAUUUAUUUCGCUAUAUAAUAAAUUUUUGUGAUGUGUAAAAUCUCAUUUGUUUUCAUAAAGCAUUUUCACUUUA